AUGGCUGGCUCCCUUUUGGCUGACCUGUCGCGAAUGGGAUCUGACAAUGCCUUCACUGAUCUCGUGUUGACAGCGCAAGGAGGCCAUGAAAGAGCAGCCAACAGUGUGGUCCUGGCUGCACGCUCCAGGGUUUUCAAGCAAAUGUUGUCCUCGGAGAUGCAAGAAGGUCAGCUCAUCGCAGGGAAGCGACAUGUGGAUCUUCCUGAAACCUCCGGGGAGGUUUUGGAUCAGCUGCUGGAAUGGUGCUAUGCUGACAAAAUGCGAGAUUUGGAUUUGCCCGGAACCAUGGAACUCCUAAGAGCUGCGGAUUGUUUUGAACUCACUGGUCUCCUGCAGAAAUGCUCCCAGAGGUUGGGAAAGAUUCUGACGAUGGAGCUACUUCCAGAGGCCAUUGGAAUGGCUGAAGCGAUGUCAUCUGCUGAACUUUGGCAUGCUUUGGCUUUGUUUGUGGCAAAGGCUGAUGUGAACUUGGAUGACAUGCCCUGUGAACUUCGAACAUUAGCACUGCAAGAGAGGAAGAAAAUCUUGGAGAAAAACAUCAGCGAGCUCCGUCUGAGGUUAGCCAACGUGCCGGCCCCCAGACCUGCCAUUGUCUUCUGGCGGCAGACUCUACCUGAGUCGUUACACAAGGAGCUGGUUCAAGAGGCAUUGCUGGAUCCUGAGGCAGUCCCGGCUUUGUUCUUCGGAUUUCGAGAGAAGGCACCAGUGCUGUUUCGCGAGGCGUGUGCCAAGCACUGGAAGGACCUGGAUGGGGCAACGCGAUUGGCAUGCGAGGAACAGGCCUUGGAGGAUCAGGCGAAGUUUGAGGAGGUGAAAAGUAGAUUGGAACAUCAGCUCCAGGACCUUAACAAGGACUUGAAAGGAGCCUUGAUUGGCAGCUCAUCUGGACAUCCACAAGUGGAUGGUCCUGGAGCUGAUGCCUGGAAACCUGUCGCCAGUGGAGCGAAAGUCCCAGUGGCGCAGUCGGUCGAGUCGGAAUCCGAGAAGCCCACUGCAGCAGGCCAUGCUGAGUCGAGAGGGCCCUCCGCCUCGCACGAGAGCAACGCAGUCCCUGAGCCACCCAACGUGCCGGAGUCCGCUGGAUGGGAGGCACAGUUCGCAUGGGGCCUCUAUCACAGCAAAACGGCUUGCAUGAGGGGUUCGGCUGGACGCUGGGCCCUUGACCGCAAAGGAUCCAGAGCAGGGGUGCCGCAGGAAAUGCUCCGCGCAGAGGAGCUGUUAGACUCCGCAGUGCGAGGGGCACCUGCGGAGGAGCAGCGCAAAAAACUGGCGGAGCGAGCACUGCGCCUCUAUUACCACGCAAAAUGGUUGGCUGAACGCAACCAUGCCACCGCUGCGGAGUGGCGCUAUCGCGAGGCCAGUCGCCUGGCGCUCCAAACGAGGCGAAAGGUCUUGGCAGCCCAUGCACUGGGACGCUUUGGGUACUUCCUGAUCCAUUGGAAUCGGCGGCAAGAGGCGAAAGAGGUGCUCUACGAAUCCCGGCGGAUCAGCGCCAAGUCAAACCCCCUGGCGCCAUAUCUACUGGGAGUCCUAGAACGACAGGAUGCCGGUGCCGACCUGGAACGCCUCAAGGCAGCUGAGGAGCUAAUCCUGAAUGGAGGCGAGCAGCCUUCAGAGGACCUUGAAGCCGAGAGACAAGCCAUGGUGAAAGUGAUCCACUACUGGAGAGAGGCUCAAACCUCCACAAGGAACUGCUUUGCUUCCGCAGAUGCAGCUUUUGUGGCAAUCUGUUUGAUCGGACAUCUCUUCCAGCGAUAG